GCUAUGCAAGAGUUCCCGACGGUAUUUCGCUUCAACCUUCCCACCCGCAUAAGGGGUCAGUGCGCUGAGGCGCUGAGGCCUUCAUUGGCUUCUUCGAGUGGGCGUGUUAUCGCAUCGCGGGAAGCCGUUUACUUGCAAGAGAAAGAACUCUCAUAUGUUCCAAGAAAGCGAUGGCCGAGCCGCGCGUCCGUAGCCAUUUUGGCUCAGGAUAUUGUGGCAUCAGCAGCUCUGGGGGAAAAGAUUCAAAUGCGCGCGAGGGAACAUGAUCCAACAGACAUACGGACAUUCGAAUGAGACAGUUGCGGACAUUAUCGGCAAGUGGAAUUUGAACGAUGAUGCACAAGACGCACUUUUCAAAUUAGCGCCGGAUGUGGCCGCAGAGGUGUUGAUAAAGUUUGCGCCUGUGCAGUACGAAGGUCGAGAUGUGAACGGGAAGUUUAUCAUGUUUGCCAGUGGUGUCGCGAAGAGUCUAAAAGGCGCUGGCAAGGGCAAAGGUGCAAGCAUCAUAGAGUUCGUCAAUCAGUGGAAUCUGAAUGAAGAUGCGCAGGCUCGAUUGUGGAAGUUGCCACCACAUCUUAUGUGUGAAGCAGUUUCGUCUUUUGCGCCUCUCAAUUACGAAGGACAGGACGUGAAUGGCAAGUUCAUUAUGUUUGCUAGUGGGUUGAGCCGUGGGUCAAAGGGCAGCGGUAAGAGCACGCCUAAAGGUAGCGUUCCUAAAGGCAAGGGCGGUUGCGAGAGUGCACGUCUGACGAAGGGCUGCAAGCAUCCAGCGUUAUCAAGCUUGGGCUCUUCAUUUGAUGCGGUAGACAACGGACUCAGUCGGGAGCCUCCAGCCAUUGGUUGGACGACCUGUCCCUUUCCGAUCAGCGAAUCGAGCAGUCUCCAGGCAGGCCCAACGGAGACAGUGGAGGAUAUAAUAAAUAAGUGGGCCUUGAACAUCGACGCGCAGACGGCCCUAUUCAAACUAGCACCAGAAGUGGCCGUCGAGGUGUUGAUGAGUUUCGCACCUGUGAAUUGCGAAGGCCGAGAUGUGAACGGGAAGUUUAUCAUGUUCGCGAGCAGUAUCGCGAAGAACCGCAAAGGUCAGGGCAAAGGAAAGGGCGCAAGCAUCGCAGACUUCAUCAAUCAUUGGAAUCUGAAUGAAGAUUCGCAGACCAGACUGUGCAAGUUGCCACCACCAUUGAUGUUUGAAGCGAUUUCAUCUUUUGCGCCUCUCAAUUAUGGAGGGCAGGACGUGAAUGGCAAGUUCAUUAUGUUUGCUAGUGGGCUCCUCCGUGGACCGAAAGGCAGUGGGAAGAGCACACCCCCGACAGGUGAUCAGAAGGGCAGAGGCGGCGGGAAGAGUAUGUUUCAUGGUAGCGGUGGUGGUAAGAUGGCCUGGGGGUCCGAAUCCAGUGCUGCUGGAAAGUUCGCGAACAGCGAGCCCAGCUGGGAAUUUCAAGCGAGUGGCUUGCAGUCAUCGGCACCAGAGACCGUACAGGAUAUCAUAAACAAGUGGGCCCUGAACAUCGAUGCGCAGACGGCCCUAUUCAAACUAGCGCCAGAAGUGGCCGUCGAGGUGUUGAUGAGUUUUGCACCUGUGAAUUGCGAAGGCCGAGAUGUGAACGGGAAGUUUAUCAUGUUCGCGAGCAGUAUCGCGAAGAACCGCAAAGGUCAGGGCAAAGGAAAGGGCGCAAGCAUCGCAGACUUCAUCAAUCAUUGGAAUCUGAAUGAAGAUUCGCAGACCAGACUGUGCAAGUUGCCACCACCAUUGAUGUUUGAAGCGAUUUCAUCUUUUGCGCCUCUCAAUUAUUGCAUGGGCAGGACGUGAAUGGCAAGUUCAUUAUGUUUGCCAGUGGGCUCCUCCGUGGACCGAAAGGUGGCGGGAAGGGAGGACAUCGGUUUUCGCCAUAUUAGGACCUGGUUGUGAUCAAAGGUGACCUGGGUUGAACGUAAUAGUUUCUAUACUUGGAGAGCGGUUUAUCUUGUCAACCUGAAAGAGAAAACAAGGACGUGCUCGCGCUCAUCGUCGCGAAGCGUGGUGGCGAGUUGAUCGAUGUGCAUACACGGAUG